UUUUUUUCUUCCUGAAGGGUCCACCCCAUGGGUGGAGUCUCGCUUUUUCUUUCCAGUGUUGGCUGACUUACAGCUCUUAUAAACUAGUGGCAAUUUCUGAACCCAGCCGGCUCCAUCUCAGCUUCUGGUUUCUAAGUCCAUGUGCCAAAGGCUGCCAGGAAGGAGGUCUGUGCUGGGAGCUGUGGAUAUGAUGGUGAAAGACACUCAGCUCCUCAGGAAGCCUGCUUCGUGGGAUGGCAGAUAUACACACGAAGGGAAAUAGCACUUGUCAACGUCAUGUGGCCCAGGACUGUGCCAGGUCUUUUCUGUCGUUUGUCUCAUGGACUCGUGCAGUGAACGCCUUCCUGAGUCCUGGAUCUUUCUUCCUUCUGGAAAUCUUUGACUGUGAGUAUUUAUUUAUUUCUGAAUAAGAGCGUCCACGCAUCAUGGACCUCGCGGGACUGCUGAAGUCUCAGUUCCUGUGCCACCUGGUCUUCUGCUACGUCUUUAUUGCCUCGGGGCUAAUCAUCAACACCAUUCAGCUCUUCACUCUCCUCCUCUGGCCCAUUAACAAGCAGCUCUUCCGGAAGAUCAACUGCAGACUGUCCUAUUGCAUCUCAAGCCAGCUGGUGAUGCUGCUGGAGUGGUGGUCGGGCACAGAAUGCACCAUCUUCACGGACCCGCGCGCCUACCUCAAGUAUGGGAAGGAAAAUGCCAUCGUGGUUCUCAACCACAAGUUUGAAAUUGACUUUCUGUGUGGCUGGAGCCUGUCCGAACGCUUUGGGCUGUUAGGGGGCUCCAAGGUCCUGGCCAAGAAGGAGCUGGCCUAUGUCCCAAUCAUCGGCUGGAUGUGGUACUUCACCGAGAUGGUCUUUUGUUCACGCAAGUGGGAGCAGGACCGCAAGACGGUUGCCGCCAGCUUGCAGCACCUCCGGGACUACCCCGAGAAGUAUUUUUUCCUGAUUCACUGUGAGGGCACGCGGUUCACGGAGAAGAAGCAUGAGAUCAGCAUGCAGGUGGCCCGGGCCAAGGGGCUGCCUCGCCUCAAGCAUCACCUGUUGCCACGAACCAAGGGCUUCGCCAUCACCGUGAGGAGCUUGAGAAAUGUAGUUUCAGCUGUAUAUGACUGUACACUCAAUUUCAGAAAUAAUGAAAAUCCAACACUGCUGGGAGUCCUAAACGGAAAGAAAUACCAUGCAGAUUUGUAUGUUAGGAGGAUCCCACUGGAAGACAUCCCUGAAGACGAUGACGAGUGCUCGGCCUGGCUGCACAAGCUCUACCAGGAGAAGGAUGCCUUUCAGGAGGAGUACUACAGGACGGGCACCUUCCCAGAGACGCCCAUGGUGCCCCCCCGGCGGCCCUGGACCCUCGUGAACUGGCUGUUUUGGGCCUCGCUGCUGCUCUACCCUUUCUUCCAGUUCCUGGUCAGCAUGAUCAGGAGUGGGUCUUCCCUGACGCUGGCCAGCUUCAUCCUCGUCUUCUUCGUGGCCUCUGUGGGAGUUCGAUGGAUGAUUGGUGUGACGGAAAUUGACAAGGGCUCUGCCUACGGCAACUCUGACAGCAAGCAGAAACUGAAUGACUGACUCAGGGAGGUGUCACCAUCCGAAGGGAACCUUGGGGAACUGGUGGCCUCUGCAUAUCCUCCUUAGUGGGACACGGUGACGAAGGCUGGGUGAGCCCCUGCUGGGCACGGCGGAAGUCACGACCUCUCCAGCCAGGGAGUCUGGUCUCAAGGCCGGAUGGGGAGGAAGAUGUUUUGUAAUCUUUUUUUCCCCAUGUGCUUUAGUGGGCUUUGGUUUUCUUUUUGUGCGAGUGUGUGUGAGAAUGGCUGUGUGGUGAGUGUGAACUUUGUUCUGUGAUCAUGGAAAGGGUAUUUUAGGCUGCAGGGGAGGGCAGGGCUGGGGACCGAAGGGGACAAGUUCCCCUUUCAUCCUUUGGUGCUGAGUUUUCUGUAACCCUUGGUUGCCAGAGAUAAAGUGAAAAGUGCUUUAGGUGAGAUGACUAAAUUAUGCCUCCAAGAAAAAAAAAAUUAAAGUGCUUUUCUGGGUCAUCUGUGGUGUAUGUUGACAUGGACCGCUGCCCCUCCAUCCUGCCCUUGCCCGUGGCUUUGGUGUUUCAGAUCCUACUCACAGGAGGCAGCUGCCGUGGAGGUGUGGGCAGCUGAGAGGGGUGGGCAGGCCAGCACAGGUCCUGGCAGGAGACACAGGUCCAGGAGCCCAUGAGCAUUUGUGAGGGCAGAGAUGGCAAGCACGUGCGUGGAGACCAACCAAGCGUGUCCCUGGCACACAGCAAGGGAGAGUUUCGCUUGGUCUCUGCAGUGCAGUCUCCCGGCGUAAGUCUUGAAGAUGAUGGACCCAACUCCCUGAAGAAACGGAUCUUGACAUUGAACACAAACAUCAUGAACGUACAGCCUGGGCAUUCUGCAGUGAUUUGUGAGAUGAGCUUGCAUCGACUGUUCCUCUCAGCAGUGACAGCCAAAGUCACCCCUAAUAAAAUGCAGGUUCACUUUAUAAAAUGCCUCGCCCCUUCCCAGCAUGUAGAGCUUGUCUGCAGCCCUAAAGGGGCCAGGUCCUGCUGAGGGUCAAAUGAGAGCCGACAUCCCAUGUACAAAAAACCCCCAGGCUUCUGCCUUCCUUCCGGGCUCCUGUCUGCCCCCAUUUUCCUCCACGGAAUAGUUCUGCUCUGUAGAUCUCCAGCGGCCUUUGCAGACUGCUGUCAGCCAACAGGUGCCAAAAAUGCAAAAGAAGAAGAAACUAAAAGCAGUGCUAUUUUUGCAGAACAAUUAAAUGCUAGCUAUUAAAUCAUCUUAGGCCAAGACACCAAUGGCACUUGGACCGAUGGGUAUUUGGAGCAUGAGUUAGGAAGGAUAUGUCUUCCUCCAGGUGUGCAGCUGCAAGUUGCUGAGAAAAGCUGCCUGUGUUGCUGUGGUAACAUGAGAAGGAAUGAACUGCUCUAUACAAAAACUGGCCACACAUUAUAAGGCCUAUUCUACGCAGUCAUGUUUUUGGCUAUUUGCUCAUUUAGUCAUUGUUUGUCAAGCACAACCAAACUAGAUAAGCCAAGGAGUUACAAGACAGCUCUAGAGAAGCUCCCUCUUCUUACAGGACAAUAAUGCAUUGUUUCUUGAUACAAAUGAAUUAUUUGAAUCCACAGAAGUGAAAAGGAACAAAUCCUGGCUGACUUGUGGGAAGAGCGUACUGCAGAGCCUAGGGCCUGAGUUAACUCGCUGGCGGCCCUGCAGGCAGGCUUGAUGGGAGUGCCCAGCACAUCUGCCCACCCUGCACAGGGCAUGAAGCACCGUGUGCAGAGAUCUGUGGGCAAAAGCCCAGGACGUGACCUUAGGCAAGAGGGGCCCUUGGAGAAGUGGAGGUGUGCAUGGUGUGUAGCCUUGCGUGUCUGUGAGCACGCCCUAGUGGACCUGCGCCUGGAUUAUCGGGCCGGUCUCUCGGAGGGGUCUGUGAUGCUGAGUUACGCCAUUCACCUGAACUCUGCAGCUCAUCGGCUGUAGGAUUUGGGUGAGACACUUUUCCUUGCUGACUCAUUUCCCCAUCUGCAAAAUGGGGGUGACGGUAUCUACCUCUUGGGGUGUGUCAAGGGUAAAAGAGCACACUUUAAGAAUCCUAAAGCACUAAGCCAAGGAUGAAAGACUAGAAAGCUGCCUCUAUGUUGCUACUUCUCAAAAAUGCUCAGAAAUUUUCUUGUCGUACUAAAAAUGUGUUAUUUUUCUCAUUUUUCAUUCUUCCAUUCAAUACAGAGGUAAUCUAAGUUCUAAAAACAUAGAUCCGGGGGCCCACAGACAUUCAAUUUUAUUCUGAAUUGGCUCUGGUAUCACACAACACUCAAGCAAGCAAACAGGCUGCCUGCUAGGGCCUUGGGUUCCAGGCUGGAGGAAUGCAGGCAGAAAUCUCUUAGGAAAUAACUAAGUGAGCGCCAAGUUUUGAAUUGCCUUAGAGCCGAAAGAGAAUGUGGCAUGCUGGGGAGAGAGCUGGACCUCUUUCUCAUCAGCCAUUUGACCUGUCCACGAAGAACAAUUUUGUUACGCAGCCUGGGAACCUGGUUUCCCUACACCCUGCACUCUUAAUGACACAGACAACCACGGGUACUCCUGGACGGAAGCUCAUCAUGCCUCCUCAAAUACCUUCACCCAUGUUCAGGUCACACGGAGGUCACCAUCUCCUCAGCAAACAACUGCUUUGGUUCCCAGGGUGUUAUUUUUUCUACAGGUUGAAAACCCACGGAGCCUAAGCCAUCUUUUUGUCCCCUAAGGAGAGCCCCAUAGACUAAGAGCUACACUUCCUGUCUGUCUUUCCCACCUUUCCAUCUCAUUCUAGCUUAAAGCUUAUCACGCUACUGAGAGCCUGUUCUGUAGUUCAAGGUGGCAGAGAAAAAUACGAACCUUGAGUGAAAUCUGGAGAGCAGUGCAGGGUCAUCCCCAGACAUGACAGGCCAUAUCCUAGGCGACUCCUGCAGCUUAUAGAGGCAGGGAAUUUAAUGGACUUCUUCCAGGAAAGCCAGCCCACGGAGACUCUGUUAAAAAGACACCAACCAUUUGGAAGAUGCAGCUUGAGGUCUGGGGACUGGACUGAUUCUGCCACUAUAUAGUGAACACGAUUAAUCGGGAGGAAGAAGUAAGGCACUCUGUGAGUUAGUCUACCACCCUAUUGACUUUGACAGAAAACCAACUUUUUUCAUAUGACACAGUAGUACCGGAAUAUCUCGACUGCUAUAUCCUCUAAAUAAAUGCAUGCAAAGCUUUGUAAAAGCAGCUGAUGAUUAAAAAAAUUUUAAAACAUUAGGGUUUUUCUAAUAUAUCCAUAUGUGGGACAGUGAUUUAAAUGUCAUUAAUUGUCCAGCCAAAACUUGUAAUAGUGAUGUGAAAGACACAAAAAAGGCCCCACUGGAGUGGAGGAGUGGUCUGGCUGGUCCCCAAGCAAAACAGAAUGGGCUUCGCAUAGGCUUUAGAACUUAUUCAUAAAUAUUGACCAAAGUGUGAAGCAAGGUAUCCAGUGAAGAUUCUCUAGGGUCUCUACUUCUGCUCAAGAGAUUUAAUCCAGCUUUCUCUAAAGCAAUGGUCCAGACUUGCCACAUACUAGGUUAAAGAUAAAGUGAGAAAAACAAAUACUUUGGUUUGCACGUCUCUUGAGGGGCCCUAGGCUGUAUGGAGGAAUAUUUAGAGGAAUAUUUGUGAGCUGCCAUUUGUGUUUAAAAGAACAUGAAAGCAAGACAGGCCCUAACCCGCCUGUGUCUGUAGCUGACCAGGAGGCCACUGCUUCCUUCCCCCAGAGCUUCUAGGAAAGCCCUCCAAAAUGCGACUCCCCAAGGUCCUGUGGAGUAGUCCCCUCAUAAUGCCUCCACCACACCUGUGUCUGACGAUACCUUAACUGACGUAGCUCCUAAGUGAUGUUCACAGAGAAGGAAAUACUUAGGCAAGCCCAUGUGUAACAUGCUCACAGAUGUGCUGGCUUUGCCAUGCUUUCGGACUCCACCAUGCUUUCUGAUUCUUCUGGUCCUAGUCACGCCUUGGCACGGGGUAGAAGCGGCUGAGCUAUGCUGACAGGUGCUGCUGAGAGCCAACAGCCAUUCAGCUGAGAAGGCGUUUCUAGGUGAGGGCAUGAGAGCUGGCAUUCCAGGCUGCUGAGUGCGGCAUCUGCAGGUGCACCGCGUUGCUCCACGGUGCGUUCAGAAGAGACCAGCAUCUUGAAUCUCAGGCUCUGGGCUCAUUCUUUGCCUCUGCCAAGGGACCAUUCAGGGGCUUCAAGCCAGCUGCUGAAAAUCCCCCUUUUCUGGAUUUUUCCCCAUCUAUAUAAGGAUAUGGUGGCUGUGUGGACAAGAAAUUGGUUUCAUCUCAGAAGGGUGCUUCCCUACAAAUAUCUUCAGAAAUUUGAUUGAAAACAAUUUUUUGAACUUUUUUUUUUUUGGCCAGGAUGAGUGAAACUGAAGUCACAUCCUGAAUGUGCAUGCCAGACAAAGAGUAAGCAAGCAAUCUUUACAAAUGCCAAUCCCUCUGCACUCCAAAACCGGAGCCCGUAAUGAAGGCCCAGGUUCCAGUCAUCACAGAAUCCCCCGAGCCAGCACAGUGCCUGAUGCCUCCCUAGGCAUUAGCACAUCCCAGCACUCUAAUUCACAUCCUCAGCAUCCCUGCCUCCUGCAUCCAGGGCUUAGGUUGAGUGUUUCCAGAGGGUCAAGUACAUUUAAACAUAAACCAAAUACUCCAGGGUUUUGACCUGUCACAAUGGCUUUUGAAAACAACAGACGUACAACUUGAGAGACGGACUCGAUGGACUUCUUAGGCCGAGGACUAAGGACAUGUUGCUGUUCCUCUUGGUCCAGGACAUUCAAUACCAUUCACAGCAUUCAUCACCAACUGACACAGUAUCGAUCACGACAUUCAACUGUUUGAAAUUACUAUUUUGGUCAAAAACUAAGAAAUCAGAAAUUGCACCUACGUAGUGUCUCCUCAUUGGAGUCCCAUCUCUCUGAGCACAGGGAUGGGCUCCUGAGCUCACAGCCCUGCCCUGCCUCCCAGCAGGGCCUCACCAUCAUGGCCCUCAGUGAAUAGUGACUACAUGAAGGGGGUACUUACUAGAGGCCUGAGUAAUGGAAUUUCAAUUAGCUUCUGCUUCCCUUUUCUAAAAAGAACCACCUUUCUUAAGAAUAAUUAGGCCAAAAUAAACUUGAGUACUUUGUACAGUCAAUAUUUUGAAGUUUCGGAGUUACCAGUGAAAUAGCAAAGCUGUUCUCCAGGAAAGGACAUCCAGGUUCCCACCCAGGCCUUCCUUCCUCAGCUCCUGCAGCCUCAUCCUAGUUUAAUAUGAAGGUUGUGAAUGGGUUAAAAAGCAGUUCUUAAGCACCUACUUAGAUCUUUUCAGUAUCUGGAAAUAGCACCCAGGGCUGUGUUAGUAAAGCUUUUCACUGGGUAAGAGUCAUACAAUUUUUUACAUUUAAUUUGUUUUUUUAAAACAAGGCAGUCUUGUUUUACAUAUUGGAAUGACUAGAUAUUUUUUGACAUUUCUGGCACCUCUGGUUCUGUUGAAUUUUAAGGGAGGUGAGUGGUACGUACACAAAGUUAAGAUUGCUGCAUAAUAAUUCCUUUGCAUUUCCAAAAUAAAUUACACAAAUGUCACUUUUCCUUUUCUAUUGCAUAGUACUAGUUUUAGCCAGAUCUUUGCCAAACAUUCUAGGACAUUCAGAAAAGUCAUCCAUGGAAUUUUGGAAUGCCAUUCUCUCUGUAUCUUUGCAGAUCAUAAGGAAGGAAAGUUGAUGAACUAGUACGGGAUGGCUCAGACUUGUAAAGUGUCUAAGUCACAACGCUGCAGAGCCAGCUUCCGGGUAACAAUGGCAUGGCCUCAGCUGCGCCAAGGCUACAACUGGAGCUUCCUUACUUGCAUCUGAGGCAAACACAGCAAGGCUGGCCCAGGCCGCCCACAGUCAACAGAUGUUCACGGGAGAUGGAUCAGCCCCUCUUUUGCUUGUUCUAUCAAGGAAAGAGAUCUAACCAUGGGCAAGGGUGGAACACACCCGGUUCAGGUCAGGGAAUGAGUUGCUCUAAGUGAACAGUGAAUUCUUACUUCUCAGCCUGUAUCAGAUGUACCCAGGGUUCAUGAUUACUGUGACCCACUAAGGGACGAUCUUUGAGGAAACAGACCUGGAGGGAGGUAAUUUAAGGAGGGAAAGUGAGUGGGUUUUACAGACUGCUUUGUGGCGACAUUCAGGAACAGACCAUUCAAUGGAUGACUUUUCAGUACAUAAAAGCAAGCAGUAAUGGCCAGGAGAGAGCAAAGAUGCCCUAAGAAUGACAUAAGACUGACCAAAUGUGCCUUUUCAAAUAAGUUAUGAGAACGAAUGAAUUGGAAUUAGAGCAAGGUAUUGGACAGAACCAUGCUAGUUUUUGAGAGAAUGUGUGGACUGGGUGGAUGUUUGGAUUGAAUGAAUGGUAACUUUUUCUUGUGAAACAGAACUGAUAUAUGGGCUGUCAUGUCACCCUAGGGUACUGUCGCUCUGUCAUGUGUAGCAAUCUUUCCAAAUUUUUGUUGGUGGGUUGAACAAAGAUAAAACUAAUAAAGUAUGUGUGGAUACCA